AUUAAAACAGCCGAUUUUUUUCAGUGUACAGUUAAAUUUGGAAAGGUUUGGCUCAUGUAGUGCAAUUCUUGGAGCAAAAUUUUAUUUUUAUUGUUGAUAAAAAUGACUUCGAUUGAAAGUAAAGUUGCUCAAGACAGUCUUGGGCUUCCUGAUAAUAUGAAUAAUAACUGUAAUUUAUCGGAAAAUAACGUACUCCUUACUAAAAUCAAGGAGGAAAAUCAAAGUUCCUAUAGUUGCAGUGUAUGUAAAGAUGAUUUUUUAACCGAAAGUAAUCUCGCAGAUCAUUGCAUUUUUCAUUCUGGGGAAGAACCUUUUAAGUGUCUAAUUUGUGAAAAUAUAUUUCUUAAUCAACUUGAUCUCGUAUCGCAUUAUUUAGAACAUUCAAAUCCUAGCUGCUUUGAAUGCAUAUCAUGUGAUAGUAACUUUGUAGAUAAAGUACAAUACUCUAAACAUCUUAUUUCUCAUGUUACAGAUUGUAUUGAUGAUCUGACUAAAGAGGGUUUGAUUUCUGAAUCCGAUCAAAAUUAUUAUCGUUUAGAUAAAAGUGCAAUGGAAAUGUAUGGCUGUGAACCGUGUCAUGAGCAAUUUGGUGCGAAAGAACUUCUCUGGCAGCAUAGUGUUUGCCAUUUAGAUUACAAACUUUUAAAUUGCAAUAUUUGUUCUAGAAAAUUUGGACAAAAAUCGACUCUGAUGAGACAUUAUGAGUACUCUCACACCACUGGCAAGCCGUAUGUUUGCACGGUAUGUCAUAAGCGUUUUAAACAUUUUUGUGUGCUGAAGAGACAUAUAGUGACUCAUAAGGAAGAAAAACCAUACUCGUGCGAUAUAUGUCAGAAACAGUUCAAAUGCAAUUAUACUCUCUACAAUCAUGCCAUUAUUCAUACGAACGAGAAACCGUAUCAAUGUACCAUUUGCAAUACGACCUUUAAAAGACGAGGCGACCUUGCAAAGCACGGUUACACGCAUGAGAGCGAAAACAAGCAUUUCUGUGAAAUUUGUGGGAAAGGUUUCAGGCAGAAGCACAUGCUCACGAUGCACUCGGUUAUUCACACAAAUGAAAAGCCACACACGUGUGACACAUGCGGUAGAAGUUUUAAGUUUAAGAGUAACCUACAUCAUCAUUAUGCUCUGCAUACCGACGAAAAACCUCACGUGUGUGAUCAGUGUGAGAUGCGUUUCAGGAGGCACACGGAUCUGAAAAAACACCUGAGUAUCCACACCGGGGAGAAACCUUAUCAGUGCAGCUCGUGUGGUAGGAAAUUUCGUCGAAAGAGGUCUUUAGAUAAGCAUGCGAUGAUUCACACGGGCGAAAAACCUUAUGCAUGCGAAGAGUGUGAGAAGACUUUCAGGUGUUUAAAUGAUCUCAAGAGACAUCAGUUGGUUCAUCGAGGGGAGAGACCUCACAAGUGUGAUGUGUGUAAAAAAUCUUUCCGAACAAAGUGCAACUUGUCUGUUCAUUACCUCAUUCAUACCGGAGAAAAACCUCAAAUGUGCGAGGUGUGUCAGAAAUGUUUUAACACAAAAACUAGCCUUAUUAGACACAUGAAUGGUCACAAAAUUAAAAAAACUUGUGACGUCUGCCAUAAAAAGUUUAUAAGAGGAACAGAUCUGAAAAAACACGUCUCUCGUGGGAACUGUAAAAAACCACAGUGCAAGGAUGAAAAAGGAGAUGCUUGUUAAAAAUAAUAGUGAAAUUUCGUAUUAAAGUUACAUUUUAGUGUGAAUUUUUUUUUAAUUACAUAUUAUUUAAUAAAAUUUAAAAUGGUCAUUAUUAAUUUAUUUUUUUUGGUAAUGUGUCUCAAAGAAUUGGUUUCCACCAAUAAAUUAAGAAGAGGAAAGGGGUUUUAAUAAUUUACUGAAGAAUUUUUUCAUGUGUGAAAAGCUGUGACAAAUACAAAAAUGAUGACCAGCAACAGGCUCUGGGCUCAUCUAGGCUGCACAGCGCACAGUAAAAGUCAAUAACCCUUUUGAAGCUAUCUACUCCCUUGCUCAUUACAGCUUCUUUUGAAAAUGAAACUGAAACACAAGAAUAGCAGAUUAUACGAAAAAUUUUCUUCUAUGAAGUGGUUGAUGACUUCAGGCUUUAAUUUUCGGACAGGUUGAAGAAAAACUGCAAAACAUUUGGAAGCUACAUAUAUGAUUUUAAGCAUGAAUACUUAGUUUAAUCCUUUAUCAAGAGAUCUCAUGAGGUGCAUGAACUGCUGAUUGAUGCCUAUUCUACUCAUUUUGUAACCUCAGCACAGCAGUGAAUAGUCUGAUUGAUGAACAAGAGAUACGAUUCUGAUAGUGCUUCACAUAGUUGGAGAGAAAAAAUUUUUACCGUUUGCAGAACCAUUGACAAUAUUGAUGUUGUAGUCUUCUAGCUUGUGCUCGAGGAUUUCUGGAGUAACAUUCACUAAAGCCAUGUUCCUUUCUGUACCAACAACUUUUUUAAAGAACUUCCUGGUCUCAGCUAUAACUCCAGAUAACUGCAUCUAGG